AUGGAUUCACCUAGUUUAAUUGUCUUAAAUACUGAUAUGCCAAUGGGACCAUAGCUUUCUCCAAGAUCUUCCUAUAUCAGAUAUGUUAAGGAUUUUUCAUCUUCAUAUCUACAAUAAGAAAGUGAAAGAAAUUAUGAUGAAAUACUCAGCCAAAACUUAAGUGAUUUUCAUUAAGAAAAGAAAUUAAUUAAUAUGACAUCUAGUAGAAGAAUAUCAAAAAAGUUAGAAACAUUUAAAUUUACUAAGAUAGCUAAAUAAAAUAAAAUUAUAGAGAAAUUCAAAAACAAUCUCUUAUAAUUUUCUUACAUAAUGCCAUAGAAAUUUAAGGCUAAAUUGUUAUAAAUAGAAAAUUAUUUACAAAAAGACAAAGUUAAAAAAACAUCAAGUAUUAAAUCUCAUUAAUUUAUAGCUUAGAUUACUCGUAAGAAUUAAAAAAAUAUAAUUUCUCCAUCUAAUAUAUUUUUAUUUUAUUGGGAAAUUUUCAAUAUUCUAAUACAAUUUAUAUCUCUCUGGAUAUGUGCUUUGAUUAUAUCGUUUUCAAAUUCAAAAGAAAUAAAUUUUCAAACUUUUGGUUGUUUAUUUAUUAGCAUUAACAUAGUUGAAAUAAUUAUCUCAAUAAAUAAAGAAAUAUAUAUUGAAGGUUAAAUCAUUAAUACACGAAAUGAUAUUCUUAUUAAUUAUUUAACAAAAUCAUCUCAUUUAGAUGUUUGUUCAAUAUUCAUAUGGAUUAUAAUAUCUUUUAGAAUGAUUGAAUAGAAUACCAUAAUUCAAGUGUUUGCAAUCCUCCUUUUGAUUAUUAUAUUUGCUAGGAUAUUUCGAGUAUAUGAUUAUAUAGUUGAACAACUUUAUUAAAAAGGAUUUGGGGGUUAUGCUUUUGAUCUAUUAACUUUAGUUGUAAGUAUAUACUUCUUUGCUCAUAUUAUGGCUUGUUUGUGGUUGAUGGUUGGAUUAAAUUCAAAUGGUGAAAGAAUGAAUUGGAUAAGGGAUAAUGAUUUGGAAAAUGAAUCUAUUUGGACUCAAUAUAAUAAUGCAUUUUAUUGGGCUACAAUGACAAUGGUUACAGUUGGAUAUGGAGAUAUUACACCUAAGAAUAACUAUGAAAUGGCAUUUGCUAAUGUAGCUAUGUUUUUUUCAAGUUGUGUAUUUGCUUAUUCAAUGAAUGCAAUUGGCAUUUUAUUGAAAGGAUUCAAUGAUGUCAAAUAAAAUUACAAGUAUAUUAAAUGUCAAUAUUAAAAGAAAGUCAGUCAUAAUAAUGAAUUAAUAUAUGAAAUCUAAUAAUGUAGAUGAUUAAAUUCAAAAUAAAGUAAGAAACAAUCUAAAAUAUUUAAUAUAAAAUUAAGAAGGUGAUAAUAUAGAUGCUAAUAAAUUAAUGAAUAAAUUAUCUAUAGGACUUUAAUAAGAAUUGUAGGCAGAUAUACUUGGAAAGAUUAUUAAGAAUAUAAAGGUUUUAUCUUGUAAUUUUAGUAAAUAAAUAUUACAAGAAAUUCAAGGAUUAGUAAAGAUAGUUUAAUUUUCACCAGGGGAAUAUAUUUAAAAGGGUGGAAAUGUAUUAAAUGAAGAUGAGAUAUAUUUGUAAGUAUAUAUAUUAAAUAUUAGAUAUUAUAUAAUAAAAGGGAAUGUAAAUUUUAUAUCAAAUACUACAAAUUCUUUGAUUUAUAAAUUAGGAUAAGGAGAGACAUUUAAUUAAUAUGAAUUUUUUACUGGUUUUAAUGAUUAGAAAAUAGAUAUUAUAAGUGAUGAUUUUUGUUAAUUAGUUAAAUUGAACAAAUAAUAAUUUAUAAAAUUAAUAUUGGAAUCUAAAAAAGAUUGGGAAAUAUAUCAUACAAUUAAAGAUAAUGCAGCUAAUAAUAAUGAUUUAAUUGAUUUAAAUUAUAAAUGUUAAUUUUGUUAAAGAAAUACACAUUUAAGACAAAAUUGUCCUUUACUUACUUAUUAACCUAAUAUUUAACAUAAAUUAAGAAAAUAAGAAUAAAUAUAGAUUAAGCAAUAAAGAUCUUUAGUAAGUAGAAAUUGUGUAAAAUUGAAUAGUAAAAUGAUUUUAGAAGAAGUUAAAAUGACUAUUUAAUAAUAUAUGAUGAAUAAUAUAAAUGAUUUUACUGAUAAUCUUUCUAGGAAAGAAUCAAAAAUAAUUGAAUAAGAUGAUGAUUAACAAUUCAAAAAAAUAGAAUUUAUUUCUAGUACUCCUAUUUAGAUUAGAAAUAAUCCAAAUAAGAAAACUACUAUUAUAUAGAAUAUUGGAAGUUAGAAUUAUAUAAGAAGUAAAUUUUCAGCAGGUACUCCAUUAAGAGCAAAUAAUCAAUUGAAAUUUAAUAAAGAAACAUCUCAUUAAAAUUCAACAAAUUAAUCAUAACCUAUAGUAUCUCAAACUAAUUUAUAAACAACAUUUUCAUUUAAAAUGCUUGAUCAUGUAUUCGACUCUAUGAAAUUUACUUAUAUUAAUAUUGAUAAAAUGCAUAAUUAUAUCAAUUAUUUACCUCACAACAAUUUAAGAAGGAUUUUGAUUUAGAUUGAUGCUUAAAGUUAACAUACUUCUAAAGGUAUGAUUAAAUUAGAUAAAUCUUUUGGAUUUACUGCCAAAUUAAGAAGUUAGAAAUAAAAAAAUAAUGCUUAAAAAUAAAGUUAAUUUAAUAUAAAGGUUUGAAUAUAUAAAAUUAUAUUAAAUAUAAAAUGACUGAAAGACACAGAUUUUCCAGUUAAUAAAAACUUCCAAUAUUAGAUUUGACAUAAACAAAUAGAUUUCCAACAGAGGGACUUAAAGUUAAUGUAAUGUCUUUUAAAGGAAAUAGAUUACAGUCUAAUCAGGUGAUGCUUAAUUCGUUAGUUUCAGAUCUUUAAAUGAAUUGAAUCCUAAAUUUGGUUUUCCUAUAAAUUCUAUGGAUUCCUCAUAAUAAUUAAACUAAACAAUUUAAAAUGAUUUAACUUAAAAUAAGAAAAUGCUUUUGAUGUUAGGAAAAACUCUUUACAAAUAAAAAAAUGAAUACUAAGAAUAUUAAGAAAAUAUAAUAGUAAAUGAUUUGAUUUAAAUUAGAAAAAAAUAAGAACUGUUACUAGAAUGUAAAAAUAAGUUAAAAAAGUUCCACAUCGUAUAGAGUCUUUUAAAAAUAAUAAUAAUGAUAAAUCUCCUAACGUUAUCCAAUAAUUUGCAAAAAAGAAAGUGACAUUUCCUAUGUAUUUUAAUGGAGCAUUUUUUACAAAAUUGUAGCAUUCUUGGGUACCUACAAUUAGAGAAAAUACUAUGGCAGCAGAUUUCUAAAAAAAAAUAUAUAUGUUUGGUGGAAUAGGAAGUGAAGUUUUGGGUGAUUUAAUUGAAUAUGAAAUAUAAACAAGUAAAUUUAGAGAAAUUAAAUAAAAUGGUGAUAUUCCUUUAAAUCGUUAUGGUCAUUGUUUACAUAGUAUUGGUUACCCAAUAACUUUAUCGACUUAAUUCACUUAUGAUAAUCAAUAAUAUACUUAGAUUAAUGGAAAACAACUUAUAAUGUAUGGAGGUGAAAUGUAAUAUAAUUCAGCUUUGAAAUUAAGAGAAAAUCUAAGUGAUACAAGAAUUUUUGAUUUAGAAACAGAAACUUGGUAAUUAUUGAAACCAAAUAUUGAGAAUAUACCUGAAAGUAGAAGAUCUUUUGGUAGUUGUAUAGUAGGAAAAGGAUUGAUUGUUAUGGGUGGUAUUAGAAGUAGAUUUUCAGUUUUUAAUGAUAUUCAUUAUUUAAAUUUAAGUAUUUAUUUAUAAUUAAAUUUUAGAUCUUUGUAAAUGGAAUCCCUUAGAAACAAAUAAGAAUCCAUUUAAUAAAGGAUUGGCAUUCUAGUAAUUAGUUUGUGCUUAUAAUAAACCAUAAUUGAUCUUUGAAAAAAAGGAUACAAGAAGUAAACCUUACAAAGCCCUUGAACAUGAGGGUAUAUAUUGUUUUGGAGGAUGUUAUAUAGAUGAAAUUAAAAAUACAUAAUUCUACAACAAUUUUAUGGCACUCUUAAAAUUAGAUUAACCAAAUAAUCCUUGGGUAAUUCCUGAAACUUUUGGAAAAUAACCUGAUCCAAGAAUUUAACAUACAGCAUCAUAUGUAUAAGAAAUGAAUAUAAUAAUUAUCUUUGGUGGUAGAGAUGAUUCUAGAAGUCAUCCUUAUUUUAAUGACUUAUUUGCAUAUAAGAUUUGUGAAAAGGAAUGGGUUUAAUUAGAUAUUUAUGGUAAUAUUCCAAGACCAAGAGCUUCUCAUUCUGCUGUAGCUUAUAAAAGUCAAGUUUUAUAUUUUGGUGGUGUAAGUAUGAAUGGAUAUCUUGAAUUUUCAGUAAAUGUUGCAGAAUUUAAUUAAAAUUAAAUAAGAUAAUUAUAAGCAGAGUUGAAAGCCUAUGAAUAAACAACAGAGGUUUAAACUCAAAAAGAAGAAUGUUAAAGAUAAUCUAUUUUAUCUAAAUAGUAUUUCUCAUUACAUUAAAUUGCACCUAUUUAAAAACCUAAAAAUAUGACAAAGGCUGAGGAAAUGAAUUAACAAAUCUAAUAAUUAUCCUUUUCUAAUUUUCCUCUACAUCUUAAAUAAACUUUAUGA